AUGGCCAGCAAUGACCCGUCCCUAGCUCACCGCCAGGGAGCAGCUUCAUCCAGAUCGCUGGGUCAGCAUGGUGCCUCGCCGCAGACAGGCAGGGCUGGUGGCGCUGGGUCCGGUGCUGGCGGUAGCGUCGGCUUCACAGGUGGUAUUGGUGGAGGAGCAGGACUAGGAGCGCCGGCAGGAGGAGACUCGUCGAGUUUGAGCCCUCCCGGAGGGACAGGCCAGCAGCAUCAGCAGCAGGAGCAAGGUGGUCCACCCGGGCCUGGGGGCUCAAAGCCCAUUCGCCGCCGUAUGCGCAUGAUCACAUCGUGCCUCGAGUGUCGGCGACGGAAGCUGAAAUGCAAUAAAUCCCAGCCGUGUACCAACUGCCUGAAGUUCUCUCGGGACUGUUUGUAUCUGGGCCCCAAGCUCGAUGAGGCGAGCCAGUUGCGCCUCACUGAGAUCAAGGAGAAAGCCGGCGCUUUGGAACGGCAACUGGAGCGUGACGUCGCCAAGACUGGCACCAAGGGCUUCUAUCAACAGCGGUUCUUAGUCGAUGACGUCGAGGAAGAGUACGACGAGGAACGUGACCUGGAGAUUACUCCCAUGGUUGCAUUGGACCUGACUUAUGAGGACGACGCCGACGGCACAGACGAUAUCAUCGAUCUUGGCAUCCAAGUGGGUAAGAUGCGCAUUACAGAACGUAUUGGUGGUUUGAAUAGACCCCGAAUCUCAGAAGAGGUGUUCAACCAGGGCUACGAACCUCGGGCAUCAAUUCAAGCGAUUGUGUUCGCCGCGUGGUUCAGUGCGGCUGUUUCAAUGGAGGAGUCAGUCAUUAAUAGAGAGUUUGGCUUCACCAAGAUGAAUCUCAUGGAGAACAUGAAGAUUGGAACCGAAGCGGCUCUGAGCAAGGCCAAUUUCUUGAGGACGACAAGAGUCGAGACAAUGCAAGCUUUUGUCAUGUAUAUGAUACCCUUAUGCCGAGCUGAGGUAUCUCGAGCUCACUCUGUUCUUGUGGGUGCUGCUGUUCGCAUGGCAGAAUGUAUGGGAUUGCAUCGUGAUGGUGAGGCCUAUGGCCUCAAUCCCCUAGAGACUCAUAUACGCCGUCUCAUCUGGCACCAACUCUGCUUCCUGGAUAUCCGCACAUGUGAGGCCCAGGGUCCAAAACCGGCUAUCAGGAGGGAAGACUAUGACACCAAGCUGCCUAUCAACUGCGAAGAGGAUGAAUUGACACAUGCGCAAUACCCCCCAGAGCCGGCUGAGCACUGGACUUCCACGCUUUUGCCCCUGAUGCGCUUCGAGAUCAAUGAGAUGAUGCGCAUUAUCUGGACUGACAGGCGAAAGCUGGAGAACCGUAAGACAACUCUCACAGCAGUCCUGACGAAGAUUGAAAACUUCCGCAAGCGAAUGUUCGAAAAAUAUGAUCGCUUCCUGGACGACAUGGUACCUAUCCAGCGAUAUGCUAAGCUGGUUAUGCAUCUCCUCAUGUAUCGACUCCAUGCCAUGACACUACACCCUUAUCACGCGAACACAACCAACCCCAUGCCAAGCCGCCUCAACAGUGUGUUGAUUAUGAGCGGUAUCAUGAUCAUCGAAAUCGCCAUUCAAUUAGAGACUAACGCACUCUUCCGUGACUGGGCUUGGUACAUCGGUGCAUACCAGCAAUUCCAGAUAGCGUUGCUACUUGCCACGGAGAUCUAUUACCGUCCCACCAACAAGGAGGCUGACCGUAUUUGGGCCUGUCUGGACUAUGUGUUCGGUAUGGACCGUAAUAUGCGACCUGAAGAGAAAGGUCGCCGCAUCCUGAUGGAGAUCAUGGGCAAAACAGCCGUGUACAUGGGUAUGCGCAAGAUGCGUGCCCCGACUGGCAUCAACAAGGCUGUCCCGGAAAAGCAAGCUGUCAAGAAUGAUUCAACAGGCAUGCAUCCCCAGUAUGCUCCUCCGCAACAUCAGCCGCAGCAGCAACCACAACAACAACAGCGGAUGGCUGCUCCUCCCGAGUUCAAAUCGGAGCCCGGCAUGGGGCCGCCUCCUCCCAUGCCCCCUAUGAUGCCAGGUAUGCCGCCCGGUAUGAUGCCUCCCGGCGGUCCUCAGAUGCCCGGAGGUAUGCCGAUGCAGAUGCCACCACCCGGUCCGCCUCCAAACAUCGUCUUUGCCGGUGUGUCCAACGGUGAGGUACUUUGGAGUAUGCCUCAGGGCAAUGCCGACAGCCCAGAGAACAGUAGCGAUGGUGGCUCUGUCGGUGGCGGCGCUCAGAGGCAAGGUAGCAUGGCGAUGCCGCCUGGUCCCAUAGACGCCAUCGAUUGGAACUCUUACCAAGACGCCAUCAACGCACUGUUCCCGCACGACCCAAAUACCGGUGACUUUGCUGGAUUCGUCGACCCGACCAUCGGGAUGAAAUGGCAUUAG